AUGGCCAAUGAGGAGCCCUGCCUGGCAAAGUUCCCGGGGAGCGCGAGAGGUGGCGACACAGAGCAGCACGGCCGGGCUGCAGAGCGCGAGCCCCACGCGGCGAUUCAUUCAAAAGGCGGGCAAGCUGCGCGGCCGCCCGUGCGCUCGCCGAGCCGGGCUCGGGCACCGCGUCGGCCUGGGAGCUGGGCUGCUGGAGCUGCCCCGGGGCGGCCAGCCCCGUCCUGGAAGGAGCACUGGGAGGACGGCAGCUGCCUGCCUGCCUGCCUGUCCCGUCUCCAUCUGAGCCUCCCCUCCAUCUGCCUGAGGCUGGCGACCCACUGGGGCUUGAGGAUGAAGCUGAGCCCACCGCACUGGCCCCUAUCCUGCCUCCUUGUGCUGUUGCCCUGGCCUCUGGCCACUGCAACAUCAACAACCCCUUGGCCGUGCCCACCCGGCGAGGAGCCCAACCUGGAACCAGGGCAGGGCACAUUAUGCAGGUCCUGCCCCCCAGGCACCUUCUCAGCUUCCUGGGGCUCUAGCCCUUGCCAGCCGCACUCCCGCUGCAGCCCUCGAGGGAGGCUGGAGGCCCAGGUGGGCACGGCAACUCGAGACACACUAUGUGGAAACUGCCAGCCUGGGUGGUUUGCCCCAUCAGAGGUCCCCCGUGUUCCCUGUCAGCCGUGCUCCUGGACACCCCUGGGUACUCGCGGCUGUUACGAGCGGGGACGACGGGCCCGACGUGGCGUGGAGGUGGCAGCAGGGGCGAGCGGCGCAGGGGAGACGCGGCAGCCUGGGAACAGCACGCGGGCGGGCAGCCCCGAGGAGACGGCUGCCCAGUACGCGGUUAUUGCCAUUGUGCCCAUCUUCUGCCUCAUGGGGCUGCUAGGAAUCCUGGUGUGUAACCUGCUCAAGCGGAAGGGCUACCACUGCACGGCCCACAAGGAGGUCGGGCCUGGCCCUGGAGGCGGAGGCAGCGGGGUCAACCCUGCCUACCAGACUGAGGACGCCAAUGAGGACACCAUUGGGGUCCUGGUGCGCCUGAUCACGGAGAAGAAAGAGAAUGCGGCGGCCCUGGAGGAGCUGCUGAAGGAGUAUCACAGCAAACAGCUGGCGCAGACCAGCCACAGGCCUCUGCCCAGGCUGCCGCCGGGCCCACCCAGCAUGCCGCACGUCUGCCCACAUCGCCACCACCUCCACACUGUGCAGGGCCUGGCCUCACUCUCUGGCCCCUGCUGCUCCCGUUGUAGCCAGAAGUGGCCCGAGGUGCUGCUGUCCCCCGAGGCUGCAGCUGCCACCACUCCUACUCCCAGACUCCUGCCCAACCCGGCCAGGGCGCCCAAGGUCGGGGCCAAGGCAGGACGCCAGGGCGAGAUCACCAUCUUGUCUGUGGGCAGGUUCCGUGUGGCCCGAAUUCCUGAACAGCGGACGAGUUCAGUGGCCUCGGAGGUGAAGACCAUCACGGAGGCCGGGCCCUCAGGGGGUGAUCUCCCUGACUCCCCACGAUGUGGCCUCUCCAGAGAGCAGUGGGCACUGCUGGGAAGUGGUGGAAGCCACCCUAAAUGGCUGAAGCCCCUAGCAGAGAACAAGGCCGAGGAGAACCGCUAUGUGGUCCGGCUGAGUGAGAGCAACCUGGUCAUCUGAGGGGCUGUCUCGUCUGAGGACACUGCAGCCCUGCCCUGGGAGGUUCCGAAGGCUUCCUGGAGGAGGUAGAGCUGCAGCUGAGCCAGUGAGGAUCCAGAAUGGCCCAGCAGACAGAACAGCCAAGACCAAGGCCUGGAGGUGGGAGCGUCCACCCCAGUGAGGAGGCAGGCCAGCCGGCCGGCGGGUGCUGUGUGCAGGAGCAGGUUGAGAGCCCCUCCCAUCCCUGCCGCCCAUUUCCUUCCCUGCAGGAUGUCCCUGACACCGUGCCCUGCCCUGGCUGGAUCCUAGGAGCCCACAGGGUCCUCUGCACCACCGGGUGGCUAGGCCUCAGUGGUGGGGAGGGGCCCUCUACCUGGCCCCCCUGGCUCCACGCCUUAGUGAUGAGCCACCCCUUGCCUCUGUAGAGGGGACCUCCUCCUCCUUUCUGACAGGUCCUGCAAAGGGAGGGAUCAACAAAAAGCCAUGAGCUAGGAACUGAGUUCCUGGGUUCUAAUCCUGGGUAAGCCCCUGGCCAUUACUGGGUCCCAAUUCUUCUGACUGUGAAGCGGGGAGAGAGUGGCGUCUCGGUGCCCAGGGCCUUCCAGCAUCUUGCAGGCUCUGGGCUGGGUCGUGUAGAUGGAGAGCUUGACCCUUUGCCACCCCUCCCACAAGCAGUUUUAUCUGGCCCCGUUUUUGCUGCUUCAGGGCCACCACCUUCAAGGCUCCCAUGGGGCUGCCCAUCCAUGGCUCUGCCUACAGAAGGGGCAUAAUGCACGUGCCUGCCCCUGACCCUGCUGUUUUUAUUGAAAUUGAAAAAAACAGACUUGACCUGGGCAGGGCUGUGGUACAGAGCCCCAGCCUGCCCAGCCACCCACAAGAUCUCAGGCGCUUUGGAGGGUAAGGGGUGAGGCCUCUGGCCUCGGUGGUUUCUGUGUCCCUGUGGUGUUGGUGUGUCUGUCCCCUGGCCUGGGCAGUGCGGGCGACUGCCCAGCCCGCGUCUCCACUCUGGCUCAGCAACCUUGUUAUUUAUGUGGGGCUGUGCAGGCAUGGGCCCACUGCUGUCCCCAUUUCUCUUAUUUAUUGAAACUUUGCUGUUGUCCCACCCUUGUGUCUCCACGCCCAUCCAUUUGUUGAAUAAUAAAAGGUGGGAAAGUAGU